GCGAGCCAUGACAGACGUUUACGUAAGUGAUAUAAAAUAUCUUGGUGGAAAGGGCGACUUUCUUGUUGUUUAAUGUACUAAUAGUCGUUCACUUAGGAGGGUUGGGGGGAAACGCCGAGCUCGCCUCGGUCGCCUAGCCGACCGCCCAGCAUCCGGCACCGUCGAAGCAUGCAACAUUUACAAGAACUUGAGGCUCGCCUAGACCAACUCAUUUCUGAAAACCGUCUACUUGUUGCUGCUCGGGAGACUGCGGAGGACAAGCUCCGCAGUGCUAGUGUUGCUCGUCGCAAGAGCGACCAUGCUCUCAACGAACGAGGUGCCGACUUACGAGACAAGGAAGCUGAAGUGGAACAACUUAAGAAUUCAGUAGAAUGGCUUCAGAAAGAAGUAUCCCGAUUGACAGAGGAAAACGAAGGGCUGGCUGCCACGAAUCAUAAUAUCACGCUCGCUCAUGCUGCCGAGAUUCAAACUAUACGGGCGUCGUCAAAUCGUGAACUAGUCGAUUUGCGCCUACAAAACCAGCAGUUGUCGAACGAAAUACAAGAAAGAGUACGGCAAGAGAUUGAUGCAGCAUUGACCCAGAAAAAUGCAGAAUUGCGCAGGCUGCGAGAGGAUCUAGAGAGCGCCCGGGACAAAGUCAAGGAGCUACAACAUCAGAUCGCAGCGUCCAUGCAGGAUAAUGUAUUGGUUUUUCGGGAUGAGGACUACUUUGACGCCGCGUGUCAAAAGCUCUGUGGCCAUGUACAACAGUGGGUGCUGCGUUUCUCUAAACAUUCCGACCUUCGCCGAUGCCGCAAGCUUGGCGAUAUUCAAGACGAAAAGAUUGCAGAUAGGUUUGAAAAUGCCAUACUUGACGGCUCCGAUGCUGAUACUUAUCUUUCCGACCGAGUUCGUCGGCGCGAUGUGUUUAUGUCGGUGGUGAUGACAAUGGUCUGGGAGUUUAUCUUCACUCGUUACCUCUUUGGCAUGGACCGCGAACAACGACAAAAACUCAAGACCCUUGAGAAACAGCUUGUUGAGGUAGGCCCGCGCGCUGCAGUUCAUCGUUGGCGGGCCACUACCCUAAAUCUGCUCGCAAAGCGGCCUACAUUCUCCCGGCAGCGUGAGAACGACACAGAAGCUGUGGCCUUGGAGAUCUUUGAGACGCUAUCCCGUCUCCUCCCGCCGCCGAAUAAUGUGGAGCCCCAGCUUCUAGAGUCCCUGCGUAAGGUGCUACGGGUCGCUGUCAACUUGUCUAUCGAAAUGCGUACGCAGCUAGCAGAGUACAUUAUGCUUCCCCCACUACAACCUGAGUACGAUACCAACGGUGAUCUUGCACGACAAGUUUAUUUCAAUGCAUCCCUCAUGAAUGAGCGCAGUGGUGAAACCACCUCAAAUGAGGAAUUGGAAUCUCAACAUGCGGUGGUCCGGGUUGUUCUGUUCCCUCUGGUGGUGAAGAAGGGCAAUGAUGCAGGCGAGGGUGAGGAUGAAGUUGUCGUUUGCCCGGCGCAGGUACUCGUUGCGCGUCCACAUAAAAAGGUUGCCAGGAUGCUCAGUGGUGACCGAAUGUCCUUGGAUGGUACCAGAUCGAUUCACAGUGUUGCUCCGUCGUCGACCAUGGAUAUGAGCAAUAUGAUUUGAGGCGUCACACUCAAUCAUAUCUCACUAUGGAUCAACAUCGUCCACUGUUGAUGAACACUGGUCAUUAGUGCAACAAAAUGCUUCUUUUUUCUUUCUUUUUCCUUUUGAUUUAUUCCGGGAUGGCAAUGGCAUGGCACUCGAGGCGUCCAAGGGCGAAAGAUGGAUUGGCUGGGUUAUUGGGUCAAAUACGGUUCGCAAAUGAACAGGUAAUAAAUAAUUUGGAGGUUGUGGUGAGGGAUUUUUGUUUUAUUCUUUUAUACUUUUCUUUCUUUCUGUUUCUAUGAUGACUAUGGCGAUGUCGAAAUCUCCAUCUACUUUUAGAGCUUAUGAUGUUACGGCCUGUUUUUUCUCUUUCCUCUUUGGAUACAAUGACUGCUUUCGAUGUAUAUGAGAGAUGACCUCGACUCUGUUCAUUUAUUUUAAGGACUCUCGGUAGAGAGCAUCUUGAUGUAUUUAUGUACCUUAUAUGAAUAAUUCCACCCGGCUGUGUUUUCAAACUGGGUUUUAGAUACCGGGAGUAAUUAAAAAGAAAAAAAAAAGAGGGAUAAAUCAUGGCAAAAGGUGG